UCCAUCCCUGCGCGCCAUGGCGGAGACAGACGCUAACCUGUUGCGCCACUUUCCGCUGCUGCUUCCUCAGAACCGGGAGAAAACAGCGUAUGAGGGAUUCAUUUCGGCUCAGGGAAGCGACUUUCACCUUAGAAUAGUGCUGCCUAAAGAUCGGCAACUGAAGAAUGCAAGAUUACUGUUUAGCUGGCAACUGAAAAAUAUACUUAAUGAAUACCGUCAGAUAGUCCAACAAAGAUUGAAGCAGUCUCCUGAUCUAGUGAGCUUUAUGAUGGAGUUGAAGAUGCUUUUGGAAGUUGCUUUAAAGAAUCGACAAGAGUUGUGUAUACGACCAGCUUCUCGCAGUUUCUGCACAGACCUUCUUAAUGAGAUAGGAGCUGUCGGCUGGGAUAAGCUUGUGUGUGUGGAUACUUCCUUCAGCACCAUCAAGUUAAAAGCAGAAGAUGCUUCUGGUAGAAAGCAUCUGAUCACUGUCAAGUUGAAGGCGAAGUACCCUGUAGAGCCACCAGAAUGUGUUGUGGACUUUCCAGUUCCAUUUUCUCUUUCCUGGACACCACAGAGCUCCUUGGUAAAUGUCCACAGUCAGUUCCUGGCGGCACUGGACUCACUCAAGGCAUUCUGGGACGUUAUGGAUGAGAUUGAUGAGAAGACCUGGGUUCUGGAACCAGAAAAACCUCCUCGGAGUGCAACAGCACGCAGGAUUGCAUUGGGGCAUAAUGUAUCCAUCAACAUAGAGGUAGACCCCAGGCACCCUACCAUGCUUCCUGAGUUCUGCUUUCUUGGAGCUGAUCACGUGAUAAAACCCCUGGGAAUCAAGCUGAGUGGGAACAUACAUUUAUGGGAUCCAGAAAAUAGUCUGUUACAAAAUUUGAAAGAUGUUUUAGAAAUUGACUUUCCAGCUCGUACUGUCUUGGAAGGAUCUGACUUUACUAUGGACUGUGGGAUCUGUUAUGCCCAUCACCUUAAUGGUGCCAUUCCUGAUCAAGUGUGUGAUAAUCCCCAGUGUGGACAGCCUUUCCAUCAAAUGUGCUUGUAUGAGUGGCUGAGGGGGCUGAGCACCAGCAGACAGAGCUUCAACGUCCUCUUUGGUGACUGUCCCUAUUGUAGUAAGCCAAUUACCUUGAAAAUGUCUGUGAGAAAACCCUGACGGAAGAAUGAGACACCUGUGAAGAGAUGGGAAUCCUGAAAAAUUGUUUAUAAAGAAAACAAACCAAUUUAUUUGAUGACUUCAGAGAAAAUACAAAGCGAGACAAACUAAUAUGAGCAGGCAGACUACAGUGAGUCCAUAGUAAUACACAUCUGCCUUCGUCUCCUCACUGAGAGACACCUGAGAAACUGCCCUACCAGCGGAGCAAGUAUAUCUGAACUGAGGAGACCUUGGCUUCCUGAUUGACUCUCUACUGGUACAAUCCAGAUAGGGCUUCCAGUAUGAAGGUUGGAAACCCAGGUAGCUGGGUGUCUGUUGGAGACUGUGAAUUUCACUCCGAAGAUCUGAAUACUCAUAUAUAUUUCUUCUCCUUGAGUUUUCCUACGAAAUAAGUAUAUUUUAGAUUUGUAUUAUCCAGGCAUUUAUUGUGUAUUCUUUAACAAUGCUAUUAAAAUAACUCAGCAAGCAA